AUGAAAACUAAAGUUGAAGAGAGGUUCUCUGAGUUUUUUGAGAAGUGGAUGUGUCAACUCCAUGAGUAUCUGCAACACCCGCGAAGGGCGUUUGAGGAUUAUCGAGCUAAAACUGGUUGUGAGCGUGAGCAAGAGCUACAAGCUUCAGUGUCCAAAGUCACACAACAUUACAAAGACUACUACACUAUAAAAUGGGCCUUAGCCCAUGAAGAUGUGCUUGUUUUCUUUUGUCCAAUUUGGAUUUCCCAUUUAGAGAAUGCGUAUUCUUGGGUUACUGGGUGGAAACCUUCAGCAGUGCUUAAACUGGUUAACUCAAUAAGGAUAAAUGGUAUUCUCAGUUCGAGUCUAGUUGAAUUAACUCAAGAAUAG